UUGUUCAUUUUAACUGCACCUUCUGUACCGUCUUGCAAUCCUCUUUAUCAUCUUUCAUUUUCAUUCGAAACAUACUCGAACAUGUAAAUACUCAUGCUAUUGUGAAUGCAAUAUAAUAUAGUGUUGAUAAGAAAAUUAGAUUUGAACGUUCUCUUUUAGUUUUGCAUAUCUUUUCGAUGAUAUUUGCAAUAAUCAAAAUUCUGUUCGUAUAUUUUAUGACAUAGCCUCCAAUGUAUCCUCGGCUCUUAUUGAAUCUUUGCGAACGAUCUUUAUAUCGUGCUUCGAAUUGCAUUAGAUUGGAUGUUAAAAGACUCAGUAAUGCUGCUAAUAAGGACGAGAAAAAUUUACCUGAGGUUAACUCCACGAAAUUUCCUGAUUAUAAAGUGAUUUAUAUAUUUCCUUCUAUCAAACAAGUUUGUGCUUUAAACGUCGUAAAAAACCGGUUCACUGUACUCAGUGGAGUAGCCGCACCUGUGCUCAUUGGCCUUAAAUACACCAAUAUCCUAUCUUUCGAGACAAGUAUUAGUUUAUUAUUAGCUGGAAUUCUAAUGGUAAUAUGGCUGCAUACUCUUGGAAUUUUUUGCAACCGCCUUAUAGGAUAUAUAUACUUCAAAGCAGACGAACAAAAAGUAAUACUGUCUUAUACAGAUUACUGGGGGAAGAGGAUAGACUUGAUGGUUCCUGUCAAUGAAAUUACUCCCCUAUCAGAGAACCCGAGAAGUAUCACUGAUCCUCUGUAUAGAAAAGUAACAAUAUCUUCGCAAAAGAAGAAAUUGAAGAUAAACACGAAGAUAGGACAGAUAACUGAUAUUAACAAUUUUACAUACGUUUUAGGAAUGGUUUAACAGUUUUCUUGUGAAUUAUGUCGUUACAUUUUAAGAUCAUUUUAUUUAUACAUGUAAAAUUAACAUCUUAUUUAUAUCCAUCUAAAGUGUGCAUAUGCCCGAUUAGCUU